AUGGCGCAGAAGCGCUCUCAUAACCACAAAGAUCACACCGCGAAAGCCAUCAAGCGACGCAAGUUCAAUGCCGCGACUGCCAAGAGCUCCGACGAUGCUGCGCACGACAUCGUGAGCGUUGACCAGUUGGAUUGGAAGACAGUCACGUUGCCCGAUAGGUUAGACGAUGCCGAAGGAUUUUACGGCCUGGAAGAAAUUGAGGGUGUGGACAUUCUGAGGCCGUCUGGAGGUGGGGAGAUCAAGUUCAGGGCCUCCAAAAGUAAAAUCAAAGGCAUUCUUAAAAACUCAACCGAUAAGUCAGGCCAACCUGCGGAAGAUUGGGAAGAAUGGAGCGGGUUCGGCGACGACAGCGAAGGCGGGGACAGGACUACUUUUGAAGCCGAAAAGAAAGCUGAAAACCAUGGAAAAGUUAACGACAGAAGAACAAAAACGAAUCAUUCAAACAAGGAGAAAGAGUCAAAUACACUGCCAAAGGAUCGAGGUCCUCGUAUUAAAACAGACAACGGUAUUAAGACAGGGGUAUCCUUCGCCGCACUACAAGACGAGGUUGAGGAAGACGUUGAUGUUUCCGCUUGGGAUUCUCUAGAUCUCAGUGCCGAACUACAGACUAGCCUUGGAAGACUCAAGUUCUCUUUUCCGACACCUAUCCAGUCCGCAUGUAUCCCAGCCGUGCUUCAAGGUCAUGAUGUAAUCGGGAAGGCGUCUACAGGAUCUGGGAAGACUCUGGCAUUUGGCAUACCGAUAGUUGAAUAUUUUUUAGGCAAGUAUCGGGGCGGUCGAGCUCCGACUGCAUCUGAAGAGAGCGAAAGCACGAAGGAACCCAUGGCGCUAAUACUGUCGCCAACGAGAGAACUCGCACACCAACUCAACAAGCAUCUUACCGACUUGGUGAACCAUGCCCCAAAUACACAAGUUAGGAUCGCAACAGUCACGGGUGGUUUGUCCAUCUACAAGCAGCAGCGGCUACUCGCUGACGCUGAUAUCAUCAUCGCUACCCCGGGUCGGUUAUGGGAAGUUGUCGGAUCUAUGACUGGGUUUCUGUCAAAGCUGAAAAAGAUCAGAUUUCUCGUCAUCGACGAAGCUGAUAGGUUGCUGAGUGAAGGUCAUUUCAAAGAAGUGGAAGAAAUACUAAACGCCAUCGACAAAGUUGAGAUCACUGAAGAGGCUUACGGGGAAAGGUCGGAGCGGGAGCCUGAGCCUGAGCCUGAUGAAGAGAAAAAGGCGGAGCCACGCCAGACGCUGGUCUUCUCAGCAACAUUCCACAAGGGCCUACAACAAAAGCUCUCGGGAAAGAUCCGAUAUAGGAAUGAUGACUUGCUUGACAAAAAGGAAUCCAUGGAGUACCUUCUUCGAAAGCUGAAUUUUAGAGAAGAACGACCGAAAUUCAUCGAUGUUAAUCCGAUCUCCCAAAUGGCUGAGAACUUGAAGGAAGGUUUAGUCCAAUGCGCGCCUAUGGAUAAGGAUCUGCUUUUAUACACCCUUCUCCUCUAUCACCCCAAACAUCGCACCUUAAUAUUCACAAACUCUAUCUCUGCUGUACGCCGCUUAACUCAAUUACUUCAAAAUCUUAAUCUUCCUACUUUCGCGCUGCAUUCAUCAAUGGCUCAGAAAGCCCGCCUCCGCUCCGUGGAGCGGUUUUCUUCCCUGUCAUCAGAUCCUUCGUCUAUCCUCGUGGCCACUGAUGUUGCCGCACGGGGACUUGACAUCAAGGGAAUCGAUCUUAUCGUUCAUUACCACGUCCCCAGAACCGCGGACACAUACGUGCACCGUUCAGGUCGAACAGCACGAGCUUCGGCAUCCGGAAAGUCGAUCCUAAUAUGCGCACCGGAAGAGACUACUGGUGUCGCUAGGCUCGUUGCCAAGAUCCAUUCCAAUAAGAAAGACUCCAGCGCCACCGAGUCUAAGAUGGAGAAAAAGGUUCCUUUGCAAUCUGUAGACUUGGACAGGCGUAUAAUCGACCGCCUUCGCCCUCGUGUCACGCUUGCCAAAAGAAUUACAGAGUCUAUCCUCGCGAAGGAAAAGCUAUCUUCUGAGGAUGAUUGGCUACGUUCCGCUGCCGAAGAUCUAGGUGUUGAUUAUGAUAGCGAUGAAUUUGCCGAACAGCAAUCCAAGGGCAAAGGCAAAGGGCGUGGUCGUGGUGGAGGUAGACAAGCACGAGAACAGAAAGCCGCUAGUCUAUCUAAGGCAGAGCUUGCGGGCUUGAAGGCACAAUUGAGGGAAUUGGUGUCCAAGAAAGUCAACGUGGGCAUUAGCGAGAAGUAUUUGACGGCGGGUAGAGUCGAUGUGGAUGCCCUAUUGAGGGGGGAAGGGAACGAUGCAUUUCUUGGACAUGUAGAAAAGUUGUCAUUUUAA